AAGGAAAACAUAUAAUUUUUUUCAAUAAUUAAAGAAGUAUAGUUGUUGGCAUCAGGAGGAUGUCUGAUAAUCGGUCUGUACACCAGUCCAACUAUCGUGGCUGGUUGUACAAGUGGACAAACUAUUUGAGAGGUUACCAGAAGCGUUGGUUUGUUCUGCAAAAUGGACUUCUUUCCUAUUACAGAAAUCAGGCAGAAAUGGCUCAUACUUGCAGGGGUACAAUUAAUCUCGCAAAUGCAUACAUCCACACAGAAGACUCCAAUACAAUAGUCAUCUCCAACAGUGGCACCCACACAUUUUACCUCAAGGCAACUUCAGAAGUAGAGCGUCAGAAAUGGGUGACAGCCUUAGAACUUGCCAAAGCUGAUGCUAUCAAGCUUAAUGAACCUGCAGACAGUGAUGAAGAAGUAGAACCAGAGCCCGAUAAGAAUGAGUUACAGAAUAUGGUAAAAACAUUGACAUCUAAACUAGAGGACAUGAAUACAUGCAAUGAUCUAAUUGCCAAGCACGGCAGUGGUCUUCAAAGAGCAUUAACAGAGCUGGAGUCAAUGGAUAACCCUAGUGAAGCUGGUGGAAAACUGAAAGUCAUAAAUGAAAGAGCAACCAUGUUUAGGAUCACCACCAAUGCUAUGAUCAAUGCUUGUGGGGAGUACCUUGAUGUAGCUCAGAAUCAGGUGAAGAGACUACAGAAGAUUGUCAAUUAUGAACACGAACAAAGGAUGAAGUUAGAGGAGAUGGUGGAGCACCUUGCCAAAGAACAGGUUACUUUGGAAGCCAAAGCCAAACAAUCCAUGGGACAGGCCCCAAUCAAGAAAGGACCUGGGGGGUCAGAUGAGGAGGACUUCUAUGAUGCUUUGGAUUACCAGGCUGAGGAAUUUGAAGUUGCUCUCCCUCACACUCAAACAAAACACAGAAGGACAGACAGUAGCUUAAGUUUUGACAGCCAGGCUGAUGAACGAAGCAGUGACCUCAGCAGUGAAGCUGAAGAAUCCGAGGGACAGGAAGCCAGAGUCUACUCCCACAAGUCUAAACAGGGGGCCUCCAAACAGCCUACAGCAAGUGUGAAAUCUCGUGUCAAAAGAAAUGCCAGUGGAGAUAUGAAGAAGAAUGGGGACACUCAACUUGUGGUAGCUAAACCCACCACAGUCCGAAAAGGAGCUCGAGUAAGACGAACAACGAUCCCACCAAAGCCAAACUACAGUCUCAAUCUUUGGAGUAUAAUGAAGAACUGUAUAGGAAAAGAUCUCUCCAAAAUCCCUAUGCCUGUAAAUUUUAGCGAACCAUUGUCCAUGCUGCAGCGUUUGACUGAGGAUUUUGAAUACUCGGACUGUCUAGAUCGUGCAGCAGCAUGUGAGGAUUCGGCUGAACAGUUGGUCCAUGUGGCAGCCUUUACAAUCUCUUCUUACUCCACUACCACCAAUCGUACCACAAAACCAUUCAAUCCUCUUCUUGGAGAAACAUAUGAAUGUGACAGAACAGAUGACCUGGGCUGGAAGUCAUUCGCAGAACAGGUUAGCCACCAUCCGCCCACAGCCUCCCAAUAUACAGAGGGCAAUGGAUGGUCAUUGUGGCAGGAAUUCACAAUGGGGAGCAAAUUUCGAGGAAAAUAUCUCCAAAUUAUUCCUCUUGGUAUAGCCCACCUUGUAUUUAAGAAGUCAGGCAAUCAUUACACCUGGAGAAAAGUUACCACAACUGUUCACAACAUCAUUGUGGGCAAGUUAUGGGUGGAUAACCAUGGUGAAAUGGAUAUAACCAAUCACAAAACACAAGACAAAUGUCAUCUCAAGUACUCUGCCUAUAGUUACUUCUCCAGAGAAAUUCCAAGAAAGGUUACGGGGGUGGUGACCGAUCAAGAGGGUGCUGCUAAGUGGGUCCUAACAGGAACCUGGGACAAAAGAAUGGAGGCCGCCAAGGUGGUGCACAUUGACGAGUCCAACAAAGGAAAGCCUGUGUUUGAGACGGGCCCACACAUCUGUAUCUGGGAGAAGAGGCCAUUACCGCCAGGAGCAGAGAAGAUGUAUAAUUUCACAUCACUGGCUGUGACACUUAAUGAACCGGAGGAAGGCGUGGCACCGACAGACUCCCGUCUGAGACCAGAUCAGCGGGCCAUGGAGGAAGGAAAAUGGGACGAAGCCAAUAAAUUCAAACUACAGCUAGAAGAAAAACAGAGGGCUGCCAGGAAAAAACGUGAAGCUGAGGCAGAGGAGGCAGCCAAAAGGGGAGAACCAGUUAAAGGAUACCAGGCAGUGUGGUUUGAAAUGAAACAAGACUCUAUUACAGGAAGUCCCAUACAUAUGUACAAUGGACGAUACUGGAAUUGUAAAGAGAAAGGUGAUUGGUCAGCUUGUCCUAACAUAUUCUUAUAGCUGGUGUGAUAAUUUAGGAAUUGUUUUAUUACCAAAGUAGCCAAUUGAUCAUGACAGAAGUCUAUCAAAAAGAGAUGCAGGUUUUAAUUGUGAUAUGAAAAUUGAAAAAAAAUCCAUUGGUUUUGAUAUAUUAAGUAUUUGAUUAUAAUCAAUGUCUUCAAUUGUUAUGGUAUAGUCAAGCAAUGUAUACAUGAUUGUGUGUGUGAGAGAGAGGGUGUGUGUGUGUGUGUGUUUCUGUAAGAGAGAGAGAGAGAGAGAGAGAGAGAGAGAGAGAGUCCACUAUAUGAGUUGAUGGAGAGACAUUAGUACAAAGCAAUAAUAACAAGAUUACAGUGAUAAUCCUCAUUCACAUUCAUUCAUCCACAUAUUCUCAGUUGAUUUUGAUUAAUCUUUUACAAAUGGUUCAGUUCAUUCAGUUUGGUGCCAUAUUUUACUUGUAUUUUGUACUGUGUGUACAGUAGAUCCAGACUAUAUCCCUGGCUAUGUGUAUGCUGUACUGUACAGUAGAUCCAGACUAUAUCCCUGGCCAUGUAUAUGGUGUACUGUACAGUAGAUCCAGACUGUAUCCCUGGCCAUGUGUGUGGUGUAUUGUACAGUAGAUCCAGACUAUAUCCCUGGCCAUGUAUAUGCUGUACUGUACAGUAGAUCUAGACUGUAUCCCUGGCCAUGUGUGUGGUGUACUGUACAGUAUAUCCAGACUAUAUCCCUGGCCAUGUAUAUGGUGUACUGUACAGUAGAUGCAGACUGUAUCCCUGGCCAUGUGUGUGGUGUACUGUACAGUAGAUCCAGACUAUAUCCAUGGGUGUACUGUCUGUACAGUAGAUUCUGACUUUUCACUGGCCCUGUGUAUUUUGUAACUAUCCCUGAUCAUGUGUAGAUCCAGACUGUGUAUCCCCGGUCACAGAGCUCUGAAUUUUUAUUGUUACCCAACAUUCCUUUCUUGCCUUUGUUUUAUUUAUUCAAGUCUUUUUUUUAUAUAUAUAAUUUAAAAGCUGACCAUUUUUAUGACAUGAAGCAGGAGUUGAUGACAUGAUAAUGUGAAUUUAUAGCAGUGUUGUGAUGUUCAUGUGGCUUUUGCUCAGUAUGCAUCAAUGCAUUACCUCUUGUAGCAAAUGUUUGUUUUUAUGCAAUGAAUAUAUCAAAGUUUGACUUUUUAUUCCCUUGAUUGUACAUAAAGCCUUUGUAAAUCAUUGAUUUUGUGUAAAUUCAGACAAGAAUUAGUAUAGCGUAGGAAAGAUUUGUGAACACAUGCACUGCAGUUCGUUGAUUAUGUGUAAUCUAUGAUAUAAUUUGGGAUUGCAGUAUUGUGAUUAAUAUGCAUUGCUUGAAUUAUAUCAUGUAUGUAUAUAUAUAGGAACAAGUCACAUUGACUGCAUAUUUUAAUUUAAAAAAAACUGUGGAGUAAGAGUCCUUUGACAUUGACAGUUUUGAUUAAUAUAUUGUCUGGUAUUACUGAUGUGUUUGUAAAUGUACGAGAAAAACAUUUUUUUCACAUUUUGUAAAAAUUCAUGUUGAUGGAACAGGACGGUAAGAUAGAAUGUUUACUUUGUAAACUCUUCAAUAUAUUAGUACAAUGUUGUUUGUUUUAUUGCUAAUAUAUUUUAGAGUGGUUUUAAGUGGAAGUUUUCUCAAUAUAUCACGCAACACAUUAUUACAAGGAUCUCUAUGAGAGAGAAAUGUACACUGCUAUUGUAAUCUUUAAAAUGAAUUUAGUCAGUUUUAACAUGGGCAUUCUUGUUUUACAAUACCUUUAUGUGUAUUCAGACAUAUAUCACUAUAAUCAUAUCUCAGGAUUAAGUGCAUUAUGAUUUGUGUGGCCACUGAGUUCUGUGGAAAUGACUGGAAAAAAAAACACAACAUAUUGAUCAAAAUUUUUAUCGAAGUUUUGGAGGCCCACACUAUUGCAGCAAAUCAUGCAGUAGAUCUGACAUAAUCAAAAUCACCUUUUCUGGAUAUAUAUAAAUAUUACCUAUGUAUUCCCAUUGCAAUAAUUUUAUUGAGAAGCAUGUCAUCAUGUGUAAAAAGUUUCUCAAAGAAAAAAAAACAAAUAACUGGAUUUUGUUCUCAUUGGUUGGGAUACUGUGACACUGUAUUACAAGACUUUGGAAAUCACAUGUAAACUUCAGAGUUACAAGGACCAUAUUUGAUGAAUCAUACAUGUACGUAGCAUGCUAAUCAGUUUUUGUAUAUGUCGGAUACAAGUGUAUUUUCUUUUUCAUUGAAUACCUGGGGUAAAAAUUCCAAGAUAAUAUAAUGAGGUAUGAUAUUGUUGAUAUGCCCAACUUAUUGACAUGUAUAAAAACGCUUGCUCUUUUACUAGUCAGCACAAGCUUGAGUGAAUGUUGUAGAACUCUGGUGAAUCUAUUUCACAAGCUUGAGUGAAUGUUGUACGUAGAAUGUGAACUUCAGUGAAUCUAUUUCACAAGCUUGAGUGAAUGUUGCUUCUCUGGUUAAGCUAUAUUGGUCAUAUUGGACCUUUUUGAAAUGUUAAAAUAAAUGAAAAAUAAAACACA